UCACACGGACACAGUUGUGAUGCGACGAGCACUUACCGGAGAAGAAAGUGCUUUAUUUAUCAGAGGAGACCAUCCGAUUUAGGUUCUAAUUAUUGAUUUUACUCGGUAUUUUAGAAGUUGUUUCUUUUGUUUAAUAUUUAGAUAUAGAGCACAUGUGGAAAUGGCCGCAAAUCCGCCCGGACAAGGAUUUCAAAACAAAAACAGGGUUGCUAUUUUAGCCGAGCUGGAUAAGGAGAAGAAACGCCUGAUCCAGAGUCAGUCAAUGAACAAUCCAGGAGCCAGCAUUCCACUCUCUAGACCAGCAGUAAAUAAAGAGUUCAGGGAUCAGGCCGAACAGCAGCACAUUGCAGCACAGCAGAAAGCAGCUUUACAGCACGCACAUGCACACUCGUCAGGCUUCUUCAUCACUCAGGAUUCCUCCUUUGGUAACCUCAUACUGCCUGUUUUACCAAGACUCGAGCCGGAGUCUUGAUCAGUUUUGAUCAAAUAUGCUACUCUGACAUGGACUUGCUAGAUGACUUUCAUUUUUCAUGAAUUUUUUUUAUUGUGUGGUGGUCUAUUUUUUUUCAUGAAUUUACAUAAAAUGGAGAAAAGUUAACUAUUACUGUCUUGUCAUUUUUAAUAAUGUAAUAAUGUUUUUCCUAUUGUCAUGUAUAUCAGAGAAUGACAGCUUCUCAAACAAGAACAAAUGUUGGGCGCGGCUUGAUCUUGUCCAUUGGGAAAUGAUUUGAUGGUUUUGGUUUGCUAUUCGAACUCAUUUGUGUGACCGGUUACUCCGUCCUCAUGAGAGAUGUCACUGCUAGAGGAAGGGGAUCUUAAAAUGAAUGAGGCACAUGAGUAAAAAAUAUAUGUAAAGAUAAUAAGAAUUGUGCAUUUUGAUUUUCGUGGUGACUUUAAAAACUAAAUCUGAGACGUGAGAUAAAAACCAGGAAAAAAAAAGUAUGAAAAAAUAUGACUACUUAUUUUACAGGGUUGCUUUAUUCGUGGCAGUAUAUUUGUAUCUCAGCGGAUUUCUUUCAUGCCUCAAACACCUUAAUUUGUAAAAUAGUCAUUGUUGUGUAUGUUAAAGAAUAAAUAAUAUUAUAUCAGGCA